AUGGUGGCUGUGGGUAUAGAUUUAGGCACGUCUUCAUCAUGUGUGGCCGUUUGGAAGAAUGGUGCAAUCGAAGUUAUACCUAAUGAACAAGGUAAUAAAACAACUCCAUCGUACGUAGCAUUCACUGCUAGCGGGCGGCUUGUAGGCGAGAGCGCGAAAAAUCAAGCAUCUCUCAACGCUACAAAUACGAUUUAUGGCGCGAAACGCUUAAUCGGGCGGAAGUACGAUAAUAUCGGCUUACAGAUGGAUUUACGUCACUUCCCAUACGAAGUAAUCAAUAAGAAUGGUAAGCCACGCAUUAUUGUUAAUUAUAAAGGACGGAAAUGUUUUGCGCCUGAGGAAAUAAGUGCUAUGAUUCUUUUCAGGAUGAAGGGGCUGGCGGAGUUAUGGUUAGGUUGUAGUGUUGAUAAAGCUGUGGUGACUGUGCCGGCUUAUUUCAACGAUUCUCAAAGACAGGCGACUAAAUUAGCAGGGCGUAUAGCUGGUUUGGAAGUUAUUAGAAUUAUAAACGAGCCGACCGCAGCGGCGUUUGCGUAUGGGCUCCAUAAAAACAUCAAAUCUGAUAGAAAUAUUUUAGUCUACGAUUUCGGCGGCGGGACUUUCGAUGUGUCGAUUCUGAAAAUAGGUAAAGGUUGUGUGUACGAAGUGAAAGCUACCGCUGGCAAUACUAGGCUUGGGGGCGAAGAUAUUGACAAUCGUCUGGUCGCGUACUUCCUUGAAGACAUUCGAAAACGAUAUAAAACGGAAAUUAACAGCGCACGGUCUAUGAGAAGGUUGAAAUUUGCUGCGGAAAAAGCAAAAAAGGCUUUGACUUCAUCGAAUAAUGCUGAAGUGUUCAUAGAAGGACUUUGCGGUAUAAACUAUAUUGGAAAAAUAUCGCGCGUCACAUACGAGCACCUUUGCCUGGACUUAUUCAAAGAUACCCUCAAACCUAUAGAUCAGGCGUUGGUGGAUGCUGGCAUGACUAAGAAUGAUUUACACGAGGUUAUAUUAGUCGGAGGAAGCACUAGGAUUCCCAUAGUAAAGAGGAUUUUGAAGGAAUAUUUCGGUAGGAAGAUAUCCAGCUCGAUAAAUCCAGAUGAAGCUGUAGCUUGUGGCGCAGCUAUCCAAGCUGCAGUGCUAUCCGGGGAUACUCACGAGCGGAUACAGGAGCUAUUGCUAGUUGAUGUCGUGCCAUUAUCCCUAGGAUUAGAAACCGCUAGAGGUUUAAUGUACAAAGUCAUAGAAAGGAACACGCCGAUUCCUUGCCGGGUUGUUAAGGAAAUAACUACAUUAGAAGAUUAUCAGAACGCUAUGACGAUAGAAAUAUUUGAGGGUGAACGAACUCUUACCAAAGAUAAUCACUGUUUAGGAGUUUUCGAGAUGCAAAACAUCCCGCCUGUACCGCGAGGAGUCGCCAAAUUAGAUGUGAUCUUCGAAGUUGAUGUAAAUGGUAUACUUAAAGUAUCAGCGGUUGACAGAACUACUGGAAAUAGCAACAGCAUUAUUAUCGAAAAUAUAAAUAGAUUACAUCAAAACGAGGUCAGCAGAAUGAUAUCCAAUGCUGAUAGAUUCAAAGAAGAAGACAUGGAAAAUAAAAUACGCUUGGAAGUAAGAAAUCAAUUGGAGUCAUAUAUAUAUAAUGUAAAAAGAUCUGUAGUUGAGAAUUUGGAUAGCUUAAGCGGGGAGGAGUUUAGAGAUAUGAUUGGAGAAUGCAAAAAUGCUUUAACUUGGCUAGAUGAAAAUCAAGAUUGCUUGAGAGAGGAGUAUGAGAGGAAAAUGACGGAAUUACUGCAGCGUUGGUCCUAUGAUAUACGGAAAUUAGACGCGCAUAGAGCCAAGAGGCAUAGAGGAGAGUCUGUUUGUGAUAAGACUAUUAUAGAAGAAUUAUCUGAGCACUGA